UCUCGUAUACUUAAAGUGAUAUCUUAAUAGAACAAAUAAAAAUAUUUUAGUUUUUAUAACGCGUAAAAUUAAAAUAAAUAAGAACAGUUUUGUUUAUUAAUUAUUUUAGUUCAAAUCUAAAUAAAAAUGUUCUCGAAUCUUUCAUUCAAAGAGCGACAAUACAUAUUAAAAGAAUUUCCAGAACUAUCGCCAAAUUUAAUAAAACGUUAUGAAAAAACCUUUACUAGAUAUGACACGGACAAUGAUGGAUAUUUGGACGUGGAAGACCUCAAAGGUAUGAUGAUGGUACGUGGUGUUCCAUGGACUCACUCAGCGAUUGUACGGCUUAUCAAAGACGCAGAUGAAGAUGGUGAUGGAAAACUGAGUUUUCGUGAGUUUCUGAUAACGCAACGCAAAAACGUGGAAUGGGCCCGCCGAGUGUUGUGCGCCCUGCCUGAAAUCGACGUCGGCCGUGUGGGCGUCAAAGGGGCUAAGAAAUAUUUCGAAGCUAAACAGCCGUCGCCCAUAGCGGGAAAUCGCAAGAACAUGUCAUACUAAAAAAAAAAAAUAGACAAUCAUUGCACAUACACAAUAUUACAAAGUGUCUCGAAGUGAUUAUCCUUUUCAAUAACUUAUUUAUUUAUUUAUUUUUUGAUUAUUCAUUAUAAAAUAAUAUCAUAACUUACUAUUAUUUACUACCUAUU